GCACCGUCAUCUCAGGUUGCGCAAUCUCGCAUCGGCAGGAUUGAACUCCGUCGCCGUCUCACCCUUCUUUCCCAACGCGCACACGCUUCGCUACGCAUAAUCAAUCAUAAGUGUUUCAGGAGAAUCUUCUUCGAGCUGGAGUGCAAUUUCGUGGAGGGAAUUUGUUUGGAUUUGUUCCUGGUGGAAUUUUAUUGAGGAUUUGUGUUUGAGUCGAUUUGUAGGGUUGUUUUCUUCUUCUAUUCCCUUUUUCUCUCAGCAUAGGCUCUUGAAUCGUUAGUUUGAUAGUUCCAAAGGGAUUAAAUUCAAUUUUCGCCUCCCAAUUUUUGUUGUUUGUUAUUGUGAGUUGUGAUUUUUCUUUCCCUCUUUGAAACCCUGAUUGAAGACGGCGGCUUCUUUGGUGUGUUUUUUUUGUUCUUGCUAGGGUUUCGGUUCUGAAUUCGAACUUUCAGGAAAUCUUGGUCCGCCAGUAGUUUUUUAUUUCCAUUUCCAUUCGAGCUGGAGAUUGUUCCGAAGAUAUUGAUUUGUUGGGCGUGUUUUCGCUGGGAUUUAAUUCUUUGUGCCCUAAGCGUAGAGUUUGAAAAUUGCAGUCGUGCCUUGUGGUAGCUGAGUCAUACACAGAAAUCCGUUCAUGGCUUCAUACCGGCCGUUCCAUCCUCCGCCGCAAUCGACAUUUACUCCACCACCCCCGCCGCCGCCGCCGAAUCAGAACGCUUUGCAGCCACCGCCUCCGCCUCCACCUUCACGCGGUAGCAAUCAGUAUCCCCAAAAUUGGGGUCCCGGUUACAAUCAGAGCUAUUCCCAGACGAACCCUAGCUCCAAUUAUCAAGGCUAUGGAUCGUCAUCAUCACAGUAUAACCCUCCGGGAAGAAACCCGCAGCCACCACCACCGCCACCGCAACACCAACCAUUUCCGUAUCAGCCUCCACCUCCACCUCCGCCGUCAGAUUCUUCUUAUCCCCCACCUCCUCCACCGCCCCAGCCUGCCCCAGCCACAGCCCCUCCAUCUUACUAUCCGCCAUCUCAGUAUUCUCAGUUCAAUCAGCCUCCUCCUAUGCAGCCACCCCCACCCCCACCUCCCCCUUCUUCUCCUCCUCCACCCCCACCACCAUCACAUCCAUCUUCGCCCCCUCCAUUGCCUUCUUCUGCCCCUCCUCCAGGUCCAAGCAAUGAGAAUAGGCAACCCCAUGCCGGGCCCUCAUUUAAAAAGGAGCAGAAGCCUCCACAGCCUUUGAGUGGCAAGGGAUUAGGUGGGCAUGGGCCUUCUGGUAGGGUUGAGACAGAGGAGGAAAGAAGGUUGAGGAAAAAGAGAGAGUAUGAAAAGCAGAAACAAGACGAGAAACACAAGCAGCAUCUGAGAGAGUCACAGAAUAAAGUGCUGCAGAAGACCAAUAUGUUGGCCUCUGGGUCCAAAGGCCAUGGCUCAAUUAGUGGGUCGCAUAUGGGUGACCGGAGGAGUACUCCUUUACUAAGCAGCGACAGAAUAGAAAAUCGACUGAAGAAGCCAACAACAUUCCUUUGCAAAUUGAAGUUUCGAAAUGAGCUGCCGGAUGCAUCUGAAAAAAUGAAGCUUUUAACCAUGAAAAGAGAUACAGAUCGAUAUUGCAAAUAUCAAAUUACAUCAUUGGAGAAAAAUUGGAAGCCUCAGCUGUAUGUGGAACCGGAUCUUGGAAUACCGCUGGACCUUCUUGAUGUGAGAGUGUACAAUCCUCCCAAAGGUGAGAGGAUACCCCUUGAUCCAGAGGAUGAAGAGUUGUUGCAUGAUGAUGAUCCUGUAACUCCAAUUAAGUCAGAUGGCAUAAAGAAGAAAGAAAGGCCUACAGAUAAAGGUGUUUCUUGGCUUGUAAAAACUCAAUACAUAUCACCACUGAGCAUGGAGUCAACCAAGCAGUCACUUACAGAAAAACAAGCGAAAGAAUUGCGAGAAUCUCGAGAUCGACUUCUUUUGGAGAAUCUCAAUAGUAGGGAAAGGAAACUGAAGGAUAUUUCAACUUCGUUUGAGGCGUGCAAGUCCAAACCUGUUCAUGCUGUGAAUCGAAAUUUGCAACCGAAAAGAGUUCUCCCUCUCUUUCCUGAUUUUGACAGGUAUGAUGACCAGUUUGUGGUUGCGAAUUUUGAUAGCGCUCCAACGGCUGAUUCAGAAAUAUAUGGAAAACUAAGUGCAGCAGAUCGAGAUGAGUAUGAACAUAGAGCAAUUUUGAAGAGUUUUAUGUCCUCAGUCUCUGAUUCGGAGAAGCCUGAUAAAUUUUUGGCAUAUAUGGUGCCAUCAGUCGAAGAGCUGGAUAAGGAUCUAUACGACGAAACUGAAGAUAUUUCUUAUUCUUGGGUUCGCGAGUAUCUCUGGGAUGUGCGCACUGACGAUGCCGAAGAUCCCACAUCAUACCUUGUGACAUUUGGUGAAACUGAAGCCAAAUACCUGCCGCUUCCAUCAAAGCUAAUGUUACGGAAAAAGCGCGCAAGAGAGGGUAAAUCAACUGAGGAAGUGGAACAAUUUCCAGUACCUAGGUCGGUGACUGUUAGGAAACGAAGCACACUAGCUGCAUUGGAACUGAGAGACGAGGCGGAUUUCCAACCUCAAAAAAUCUCACGAAAUGGAAGGGGAGGCAUGGAUGGCCACAGCGGUGGUCGACUGCGCAGGAUGGUGCAAGAGGCCGAUGCUGAUGCCGAUAAUUUCAGCGAACAAGAGGAUGACAUGUCUGAGUAGUGGUUUUCCAUGGUAAGGAUGAGAUCCCUUUCUUUUAAAUUUGUGUUUUAUAGCCUUUUGGGAUAUGGGAGCUUUUUUUCUUUUUCUUUUUUCUGUAAGUAAUUUGAAUUAGUACUGUCAAGAAAGAACAAAAAAAAAAAGUUUUAAAAGAAACCAAUGUACAAUUUUGCUAGUGCAGCCAACCACAUUUUAUCAGUUUCUUUGCCAUUCUUGAUGGCAUGUAUUGGUAUCAGUAACUAUUAGACGAGGCUAAGCAUAUUUAUUUUUUUUUC